UCGCGCGGCCUCUCGCGAGGUUGCCGCCCGCUGCCCCUCCCCCCUCCGCCUCCCUCCCAGCUGCCCCCUCCACCCCCCACUCAGCCCCACGUCACCGGGAGACCAGACGGGGACAACAUGGCGGAGCGGAGGAGACACAGGAAGCGGAUUCAGGAGGUGGGGGAACCGUUCAAAGAAGAGAAGGCAGUUGCUAAAUACCUGCGUUUCAACUGUCCAACCAAGUCCACCAACAUGAUGGGUCACAGAGUUGAUUAUUUCAUUGCCUCGAAAGCUGUAGACUGUCUUCUGGAUUCUAAGUGGGCAAAAGCUAAGAAAGGAGAAGAGGCUCUGUUUACUACUCGAGAGUCUGUAGUUGAUUAUUGCAACAGGCUUUUAAAGAAACAGUUUUUUCAUCGAGCACUAAAAGUGAUGAAAACGAAACCAGACAAGGAUAUAAAGAAAGAAAAGGAAAAAGAGAAAGGGAAGACUGAGAGUGGAAAAGAAGAUGAGAAAAAGAGCAAAAAGGAGAGUGGAAAAGAAGAAAAGGCUAAGAAGGAAAAAGAGAAGGAAAAGAAAAAGGAUGGUGAGAAGGAAGAGGGCAAGAAGGAUGAGACUCCAGGCACACCUAAGAAGAAGGAGACGAAGAGAAAAUUUAAACUUGAGCCUCAUGAAGAUCAAGUCUUUCUGGAUGGAAAUGAGGUAUACGUGUGGAUCUAUGACCCAGUUCAUUUUAAAACAUUUGCCAUGGGACUCAUACUUGUGAUUGCUGUGAUAGCUGCAACUCUCUUCCCACUCUGGCCUGCAGAGAUGCGAGUAGGCGUAUAUUAUCUCAGCGUAGGUGCCGGCUGUUUUGUGGCUAGCAUUCUUCUCCUGGCUGUUGCCCGCUGCAUCCUCUUCCUUAUAAUAUGGCUGAUAACUGGCGGAAGACAUCACUUCUGGUUCUUGCCAAACCUAACCGCUGAUGUUGGCUUUAUUGACUCCUUCAGGCCCCUGUACACGCAUGAGUACAAAGGACCAAAAGCUGACUCCAAGAAAGAGGAGAAGUCUGAGUCCAAAAAACAGCCAAAAUCUGACAGUGAGGAGAAAUCUGAUAGUGAGAAAAAGGAAGAUGAGGAUGGCAAAGGAGAUCCACUGGGAAAUUUGGGGUCAGAAGGUUCUGGAGGAGAGCGGCAUUCAGACACAGACAGUGACAGGCGGGAGGAUGACCGGUCCCAGCAUAGUAGUGGCAAUGGGAAUGAUUUUGAAAUGAUCACAAAAGAGGAACUUGACCAGCAAACGGACGAAGGGGAUUGUGAAGAAGAUGAGGAGGAGGAGGAGGAGGAAGAUGAAGAUGAAACAAGGCCUUUACAUGAACAAUCAUAAUUCAUCUGUAGUUUAGGACUGAAUAUUGUGCAGGCAGUUGGAUUUUCUGUGUUGGCUGGUACACCAUCUGAUAGUAUUCUUUCUUCUUUAUUUGCUGAAAUAACAACAGCUUAGCCAAACAGCUUCAUAAUACUGUAUAAUUCCUCAUUUGUUUUACAAACGAAAGAAAACCACUUAUCUUGAUAUCGUUUUAAGUAAUUUAAUAUACACUUACAAAAACUAUUGGUUUCACUACUUCUCAAUCAGUAGAUGUUCUGAUAUUUUUAGAGAAGACAGAGGAACAUAGUUUGGGAGAUUGCAUGUUUUCAGUAAGUGAAGGCUUUUCCAGAUUAGUAAUUAAAAUUGCUGAAUGACUAAAUUUCAGUUUAUUCCUGGUAGGUUAAUUUGAUUAAUACAUGCAACAAAGCACUUCUCAAGGUAUUCUGCUGAUACUAUUGUUGAUCUUCAUAAAACUGUAAAACUUUCCUUAAAACUAUUUGUUUAAGAAGAAGAAAACUUUUUUUCUGAAGACAUACUCAUUAAUGGCUGAUGGGUUUUAAGAAUCUAACCGUGUGCAACCAGUGUAGGAAAUCCAGACUUUUCUGCCCAUCUGGUUCAGAGAAGAAGAAAAGUCAUCUCCAGCAGGUGAAAAAAAAAAGAAAGAACAGCAUAAUUUGAAAGUUAUAGCUGUUAUUUUGACCUGCCCCAACAUAAUACAAAAAGUGUAUUCUGUACAUAACAUACAAAUAAAGCAAACCCCUAAUUUUACCUGUUACUUAUUAUUUGGAGGUUUUAUCCAGUUUUCAUUUUCUAUAAUUAAAAGCCAUUUCAGGAUGUGUGUGCGUGUUAGGGAAAUGCAAGUCAUGAGGACUUCACAGAACCAGUGUGAUUGGCAGCUGUUCACGGCGGCUUUUAGUUCUGUGCCAACAUUCCACGUAUUCAAGUCCAAGUAAACUGAUUCUGAUUCAACGAAAGCAGACAGCGUAGCUCAGUGUAUGCCUUAAUGUUAAUCUUUUGAUUUCUUUCUGUCUUCAGAAAGUAGAGUACUGUAUUUGAUGAGUAGACACUGCCACGAGAGAGUAGUCAUCUCUUCAGAAGGAUAGGCUUAAAAAAGAAAAAGCUCAUACAAAAGAUGACCAAGACCAAAUAAUUUCUUGAAAUCUUGAAGGAGUUUGAUUGUUCACUUUUUCUCUUGUGCAUCCUUUAUUUGACUAACGGGAGACCAUUGUGUGUUUAGUUCUAUAAACAUUUUAAAGUUAAGACUACAUCAUUCCUCUGAAUCACUGAAUUUCAGCCUGAAACUGAAAUUAUGAAUACUGGUUCAGCUUUUUCCUAGCAAAAUGUCUGUGAGGAGAUAUUGCUAGUUAUUUGCUUGCAUUCUCAAUGGUUGACUUAACAGAUAUCUCCUUUUUGCCUUGAACUGCUUUUUCCAUCACCAGUGUUUUGACUGAAGAUGUUCAUUUUUCUGAUUGUGCAAAUAUAUACAUUUUGUGCGUGCAUUGAUAAAAACCAUUCACAAA